ACUAAUCAGAUUAUAAAUUCAAGCGUGAGUGAGAUGCAGAACCAAGAAGAGAUCAUGGAAAACACAACAAAUGAUCAAGUGAUUCUUUUGAUGGAUCAGCAAGAUCUCAAACCACCACCACCCCAAUCUUCAAAAACAGCAACAGAGCCUCCAAAUUCAAAUUCGAGAGAAGAACAAGAUCAUCAGAUUCACGACCUCAAAAACCUCCCGACAAAAACAAGCACUCUUCGUCGUCUCAGCUUCUCAAAACCCAAAUCCCGCCUCACCGACCAAAAAUACCCACCUCUCUCUUCCAAACCCAUCCUCGAAUCGGAACAAGUCGAUCAUUUCAUUUCCAAUCAAAACUACCCAUCUUCAACUGAUGAUGAAGACGAAGAUGAAGAUGAAGAUGAAGAUGAUGAGAGAGAAAUGGUGUUUCAAGAAAAGGAAAGAAAAAGGAAGCGAAAAAAGCUCACUUGGAGAGCUUUAACCGAAUGGGUAUUGUUUUUCAUUAUAUUAACUUGUUUGAUUUGUUCUAUUACUAUUGAUUCUCUCAAAAGAAAGGUCAAAUGGGGAUUGGAGGUCUGGAAAUGGUGUGUGAUGGUGAUGGUGGUUUUUAGCGGCCGCCUUGUCUCAGGCUGGGUGGUGGCCUUUCUUGUUGUUCUCAUCGAAAGGAACUUCAUGCUCCGCGAGAAGGUCUUGUACUUCGUCUAUGGACUCCGAAAGAGUUUCCAAAACUGUGUCUGGCUUGCCCUAGUUCUACUUGCUUGGACAUUCAUGUUCAACCCACAUGUCCAUAAGAACAACACCAUGCUUAAGAAGAUCUUCCAAGCUCUUGUAGCUGUGUUGAUCGGUGCAACCAUUUGGCUCAUCAAGAUAGUUCUCGUCAAGGUACUAGCUUCGUCAUUUCACGUAGAGACCUAUUUUGAUCGGAUGAAAGAAAGUGUGUUCCACCACUUCAUUCUCGAGACGCUCUCUGGUCCUCCAAUGGAAGAGGAAGAGGCGGUGCAUGAGGAGGACAUGUGCCGCCGUGGUUUGUUGAAGUCGAAGUCAUUGCCGAGGAAAUGGAAGGAGAGAGGGGGGAAGGAGUGGAGGACAAAGAGCUUUGGGUCAAGGAGAAGGAUUGAUAAGGAGAAGCUGAGGAAGCUGAGCUUGGAGACUAGGGCUUCAGCUUGGAGUGUGAAGAGGCUGGUGAACUUUGUGAGGUGUUCUGGGCUGUCAAGCAUAUCUAAAACUGUUGAUGAGUUUGGGAAAGCUGAGUCUGAGAUUAGUAAUGAGUGGGAGGCUAGAAGCUGUGCCAAUCGAAUCUUUAAAAACGUGGCCAAGCCGGGUGCCAAGUAUAUUGAGGAGGAGGACCUGAUGAGAUUCUUGAAGAGGGUUGAAAUUCAUACUAUAUUUCCCCUUUUUGAAGGAGCCCUUGAGACUGGAAGGAUUACAAAAUCUUCUUUUAGAAACUGGGUGGUAACAGCAUUUGUAGAAAGAAAGCUGCUAGCAUGUUCAUUAAACGACACAAAAACAGCAGUGCAUCAACUGCACAAGCUAGCAAGUGCGAUGGUGAGUAUUAUCAUAGUUGUUGUGUUCGUGUUGGUAAUGGGUUUGGCAACAACUAAUGUGAUAUUCUUAGUAAGCUCUCAACUCUUACUUCUGGGAUUCAUGUUCCAAAACACUUGCAAGACCAUUUUUGAAUCCAUUAUCUUUGUCUUCGUCAUGCAUCCCUUCGACAUCGGAGAUCGUUGUGUCAUCGAUGGUGUCCAGAUGGUGGUGGAAGAGAUGAACAUAUUGACGACAGUGUUCCUAAGAUAUGACAAGGAGAAAAUUUACUACCCAAAUUCAGUUCUACUCACUAAACCCAUCAGCAACUUCCGUAGAAGUCCUGAAAUGGGUGAUUCUGUUACUUUCUCCGUUGACAUGUCUACUUCUUUGGACUCCAUUGCUGCUCUUAAGAAGUCCAUUCAAUUAUACAUAGAGAGCAAACCAAAGUAUUGGAAUCCAAAGCACACAGUGAUAGUGACAGGGAUACAGAACAUGAACAAGAUGACAAUGGCUCUGUGUGUUCUACACACAAUCAACCACCAGAACUAUGGUGAGAGGACCAGUAGGAUAUCAGAACUCAUCAUGGAAUUGAAGAAAAUGUUUGAGAACCUUGGUAUCAAGUAUCAUCUUCUUCCUCAAGAGCUCCAUAUCACCCAACUCAAUAUGAUGCCAUUACACUCUUGAUUUUGAUUUUGCCUUCUUUUUUAUGAUGCCAUUAUAUUAUGUUACUUUUUUGUUUCUUCCUUUCCCCACUGUCUUAUAUAUGGUUUUAUGCACUUAAUUUGUGUGUUAUUUUUCAGACUACUAUGCCAAAGCAUUUCCUCUCAUGAUGAGGAAAGUGUGAAAUUUGAUCAUCUUUUAUUGUUGAGAAGUUAACAGAUUGAGAAAUUAGUGAAAAA